ACCUUACUUUAGUGAUCAUUUACAAACAUCUAAUUCUGUGAACAGUGCGAUCGUGUGCGAUUAAAAACGCUUCGAUUAAAUGGCCCUAGAUUAACUUCUGCAAACAUGGAAUUAGCCAUUUGUCGCCUUUGUCUCCAGGCAGAUAGCAAUGCUGUGGAGCUUUCCAGCACGAAAAACAAUUCAAACAGCUGUAUGUUAAUUCAACGAUACAUUGAAUUCGAGAUACUCUCCGACGCUCUUUUACUUGAUAUCAUGCUAUGCGAAGACUGCCAAAACGUACUUGAAUCUUGGCACAAAUUUCAAAAAGCGUGCAUCGAAAAUGAUAAAAAAUUUCGUGAAUUAUUUUCUAAUGUUUUGAGUAGUGCUAGUAUCAAAGCAGAACCACCCAUCGGUGAUCAACACGCACCCGGAUCCCUAAAUGGUAAUGAAGCUGCAAUCUCGGUAGAAGUCUCCGAAGCGGAUGAUGACCAGGCUAGUGUGGAAUUGGAGGAUGUUAAAUUUGAACAUCCUGCGCAGGAUAGUGUGGUGAUCGAAACCAAGCCAAAAAAACAAUCUCGUCAACCAAAGAUUCAUAGGAAGAACAAGCAGGACAUGCGUGCCGGAGUUUGCACUGUUUGUGGCGAAGUUAGGAAAAAUAUGUACGAACACAUGAAAACGCAUAGUACUAAUCGCCCCUACACUUGCCCUUAUUGCCCGCUGGCUUUUCGAAACGCAUCAAACUGCAAAAGUCACGUCAAUAUACACACCAGGGAGAAAUUGUACCAAUGCAACAUAUGCGACAAAGAGUUCGCAUUGCGGAAUGGCCUAAAACAGCAUUUGGCGACGCACACAAGAAAUCAAGUUUUUCUUUGCCAUUGUGGAAAGUCUUUCUAUCAAAGAACGGCGUACGCUCGGCAUGCACGGAAACAUGUAGAGAAACCGGCGAUUAAGUGCAGCGAGUGUAAAAUGUUAUUCUUUUCAAAUGCGGAGCUACGAUAUCAUUUCCAGAAACAUACCGGAGCAGUAUUUAAUUGCGGGGUUUGUGGACGAGGUUUUUACAGAAAAUCGAAUCUUAAGAAGCACACAGCAAUACACGAUCGCAAGCACAAUCAAACCCAGGAGACAACAUCUAGCAAUUGAAUGUUAUA